CCCUCAACAAUCCCCGUCGCCGACGAUGGACAGGGCGAUCAGCGACACCAAGCCGACCUGCCGUGUCACCGGGACGGACGUGGCAGCAUUAUUCUCAAGACUGGCCCAGGCUCCUUCGUAGAGCGCGAGAGCGCGCCGCUUGACCCACCAGGGGUUUUUGCAACGUCUGUAAGUCUGCUCGCGCCUCUUCCACAACCAUCGGCGACGAUGAACUGGUGGCUGGUAACUCCGAAUGCGAUGGCGUUUGAGAACAUUGCUUUCACACGGCCCGUGGCC